GGAAGGAGACGCCAUUAGAGGGAGGCGGAGAGGGAGUGCUCUUCGCCUUUCGUCGGUUGCCUGACGUGGUUGCUGGGGCCCUUCAUUCUCGGACUUUCCCUCGGCCCUUCGAGGCCUCUCCCCAGGAGGCAUUGGAGACAACGCCCGGUGUUGGCGAACCAGUACGAAGGGCCGCGACUGUGAAGGCGCUGCGGUGGCUGUGGGGAGCUCGGCGCUGCUCUAGGGUUCGGGUGGCUGGGAAGCGACGGGAUGGCUGCGGCCGGCGGCGGGGCGGCGGCGGGCCGAGCCUAUUCGUUCAAGGUGGUGCUGCUGGGGGAAGGCUGUGUGGGGAAGACGUCGCUGGUACUGCGCUACUGCGAGAACAAGUUCAACGACAAGCACAUCACCACUUUGCAGGCAUCAUUCUUAACAAAGAAGUUAAAUAUUGGUGGGAAAAGAGUAAACCUUGCUAUAUGGGAUACCGCAGGUCAAGAGAGAUUCCAUGCAUUGGGCCCAAUUUACUACAGAGAUUCAAAUGGAGCUAUUUUAGUGUAUGAUAUAACAGAUGAAGAUUCCUUUCAGAAGGUAAAAAACUGGGUCAAAGAGUUACGGAAAAUGUUGGGAAAUGAAAUCUGUUUAUGUAUAGUUGGUAAUAAAAUAGACUUGGAAAAGGAGAGACAUGUUUCCAUUCAAGAAGCAGAAUUGUAUGCAGAAUCUGUGGGAGCAAAACAUUAUCAUACAUCAGCCAAGCAGAACAAAGGAAUUGAAGAACUCUUUCUUGACCUUUGUAAAAGGAUGAUAGAAACAGCACAAGUGGAUGAGAGGGCAAAAGGCAAUGGCUCCAGUCAACCAGGAACUGCAAGGCGAGGUGUACAGAUUAUUGAUGAUGAACCUCAAGUCCAGAGCGGUGGUGGAGGGUGCUGUUCUUCUGGAUAACUGUUUACACCUAAGAAAUUAAAACAAACUGUGGAUCAUUGCCCUCAACAUGAAGACUGCCAUAUUCCAAGUCACAUUAUUUUACCAAUGGAAUUAUAGAAUUAACAGUAUUUUAAAUUACGUUUAUAACACUGCAGAGACCUUAAGUGCUAAACUUAGUGGAGUUUGUGACCAGAGAAUUGGCAUUUUCUACAAAUGUUAACAAAGCAAUUACCAAUGGCCUUUUUACAUAUUUUUUCUUUAAUAAGGAUUAAUAUGCAUGUAGAAAAGACCUACUUAAAGGCUUCAUUUAUAUUCUUUUAAAUCAAAUCUUUAUUUAAUAACUUAUAUAUGUUGUUGGAAUGGUAUACAUUUUGCAGCCCUUUGUAUUUUGUGGUAGUUUGAAUUGUAUCACUUCUAAACAGCAAACUGUUUUUGUUUCUUUUUUUUUUUAAUUAGCAGAUACCUGAAGUUCUAUUUUUGCAGGGUUUGCACAAGCCCCUAACUGUCUACUACUUUGGUAUAAUCUAUAUACAUCCUGUAUGCUGAGCUGGUAAAAUACAUUGUAAAUUACAUAUUAAAUAUUUUAUCUGCUUUUACAAGCGCAAGGUGCAAAAAUAUAUAUACAGUAGUCUCAUUGAUGACUGUAAAGUGAUUAACAUUUGAUGAUAAUGCCUAAGCUUUUUGACUCUGAUAUAUAAAGAUCAUAGCUCCCUUCACUUUUUUCUUAAUUUCAAAGUGGCGUGCUUAAAUUUUCACAUAUACUUUACUUGAAUUAUUGAUGUCACGUUUUUGCCUCUGUAAGGCCAUCUGAUGAUUGAACAGCAGCAUUUGCCUUUUGGUUUGGGUUGUUUUUUUGUCUUUUUGUUUUGUUGUUUUCAUUAUAAAAGAGAUGACUUGGCCAAUUUUGCUUUAGAAUGGUUAUCUUAGUAGAAUUUGAGUGGAGCAUGCUGAGUUUCACUUCUUCAAUGGCUUUAGUUUUCUCUUAGGCUUUAUAGGAGAUGGGUUCACUGGUGUGAGAAGAGAGGGAGAGGUCCCAGAUAGAAACCAUGACUCAUUCACGCAGCAUGUUAGUGAUAGUUUAUGCUUCUGAGGCAGCACUUUCAGAUCCUUUGUGAGCAAGUUGUAUUCGUUCAAUGCUUGCCAGAGAUGAACAGAGAAAGUUAAGUUUAAUUUUGUAACAGCUGUUCGGAGUUUCUGUGAAGGGAAACAUUUCAUUUAAUGCAGUUGCAAUGAACACUGGAAAGAUUUAUUAUAAAAUUAUAUUCUUGUAUACUUUGUAAAUUAGUCUCAUUAGAUUUUUUUCCCCUUAGGCAUAGGACUGAACUUAAAUUUGUUAAUUUUAAUAAAAUCAGGCACAGCUCACAGAAGAAACACAAAUUGUAGAAAUUAACAUAAAUUGUUCUUGUUUUAAUAUAUAUAUUUUUCCAUUUCUGUCAUGCUUGGAAAACUAGUAAAUGUAUGUCUAAGAUAAAAUGGAAUGGUCCCUGGAUUUACUUCUUAUAAGAAGCAAUAGUAUGCAAUAAAGUUGUUAGCAUGAGCAAUUACGAGGAUAUAAAGAGGUUAUAGUUACUAAAGAAGUACUACCAUAUUUUAAGUUAAAAGCUUAAACUUUCCCAAAUGGGUUAAAAAUUGAAUGAAUUGCCACCUUAAUGUUUUGAUGUUAGAAUUUUAACCUAGUGUUAAGGGUUCUGUGAGCCCUUAGUUUACCAUUUUAAUGAUUGUCCUUGCCAAACUAAACACACUGACCUCUGUGUGUGUGUGUGUGUGUUCGGGGAUAGUGGGGUGGGAAGAGUCAGGGAGAUAAGCUAAAAUUGUGUUCUUUUACGGGGUGACUGCACUCUGUGUAGUUUCUGGCUUCCUGGGAUGUAAGUGUUUACGCAGGGAGUUGGGGGAGGGUCGGGGAUCAUGAGGACGAUAGAAGAAAACUUUUUGGCCGCCUUUCAGAGGUAGUAAAGAAAGCCUUGCCAUUUCUACUGUUGCAAAUGGGAAAUAAGCUCUUUUUCAUUGGAGUGAAAUAGGUUUUCUGAAAUAGAGAUGAAAUUGAACUUUAUUCCAAAAAAUAAAGUCAUAAAGUGUAAUAAUUGGAGAGCUGUAUUCUCCGUUUGGACAUUAUAAAGGACAGAUAGGAACCUCUAUUCUGGAGUUGCCAGAUAAUUAUUGGUGGGCUACACCCACUGUCUUGUUGUUUUUUCCUCUUCCCUUGGUUUCUGUGUAUCUUUCUUAACCUCAAGCAUUUUAUUGAAUUUUUUAUCCUGUAAUUUAAAUCAGUAGCAACAAUCGGUAAUAUAGUAUACCUGUCCUUGCUGUGAAGCCCAGGAGGUCUUUAGGUAGGAAUAAGGUGAAAGGGUGAUGAAAGAUGAAUCAAUUGUACUAUGUAUCCAAAGGAAAGAUAAAGAGAUGCUAGACCAAGGAUGAGGAAAUUCUUCUGAUAUUUUCUCCAUAUCUAAUAUAUCUUUUAUGUUCCUGUCCUUGUAAUUGUGCUGUUAGGAAGAAGACACAAGGUACCAUGUUAUGUAUUAAAACUAAUAGGUAGAUAGAAUCAAUACAUUUUUCAAAUAGUAGGUGUAUAUAAACUUAGUAUAUUUAAUUAAAAAUUGGCUUAAGAUAGCCAUUAAAAAUACCUGAAUAUUAUGUUAAAAGUAUACAAUCUUUUCUGUAAUGCUAGUGGCUAUCCUGCUCCUUGUUUUGCUGUGUGAUUACAGAAGAAGAUUAUUAUUUUUAAAAAGGUGUAUCACAACAAUUUUGGGGUAAUCUGAAAAGAAAAAAAGUAAUGUUAUUGGAUAGAGUGUGUUGAAUUUGUUCUAAGGCUGUCUCCUGAAAAUACCCUAGAUCUCUGGCUGUUAGAGCUAAAUUAAAAUCUUUUUUUUUAUAUUAGCCAUAUAUUACUUAUUAGUGAUUACUUUUAAUUAGGCAUUAAAGUAAAAAAAGAAUAUUCAUUUUUAUAGUCUUAGUAAGAAAAGACAAAAUUUGGGAACUAGGGAACGGAUAGUGAAGAGUAGAAUGGAAAUUAGGUAGAUAGGAAACUGCAACCUGACAAUUUUUAAAAUCAUUUUGAAAAGUAUGUUACUUUUAUCACGUAGUUUCUAAAUAAGGCAAGCUAUGCAUUGUGUCAGACAUUUGGAACAUUAAAAAAAUGAAUUGUGAUGCUAAUUAUUUCUUUUAGUACAGAAUUUGUGAUUUUCUGUAUUAUAACUGCUACCAAGAGUCUAGAUCAUUGAUCUUCAGACAAUACAAUUUUCCCUUAUACUUACUACUUAUCUCUGUAAGUGGUUUGAUAUAUGCCUUUAACUUUUCAAAUUAUCUUUUAUCUUGUUUGCCAUUACAGUUUUCAUAGGUUCUUUAUAGGUAUAGUGUGGCAAAGGAAUACUUAAUUGGAGACCGUUUAAGAUGUUGGGGUCAAAAGCAUGUACAUAGUAGUGACCAGUCGUAACCUUACAAUAAUGUCUAAAGAUAAUACAGACUGAAUAAAUCCUUAAAUAUUCUCUUCUAAAUUACAAAAUGCAUUACCUAGAUUUUAAUAAUUAAAAGCUAGGAUUCAUUGAACAUAUACAUUUAUUUGAUUUUAUAAUAGGCAUUGAUUCUAAUAUGUUGCUGUUCUGAAAUUUUUAAUCAACUGAAACAGUAAUGUAUUCAGUGUUGUUGGCUAAAAUUCAUGUUAAACAUAUGUCUUACUUUGAUGGAUUUUCCCUUUUCAAGAAAACAAAUUAAUCACAAUCUGAGCAAAUUUUCCUAAAUGUAAAUAUUUUAGUGUUAAUCAUGCCAUGAAAAGAAUUUAUAAAUACUCGUAAGAGUUUUCAUUAUCAAGCAAAAAUUCUUCACUUCUAAACAAAUAUCACUUAAAUAUCUUGAUAGAGCUUUAGCACUACUUAUUCUAUCUGGGAUUUAUAUAUUAUCUCUUUUCUGAGAAGCCCAGUGUACUAUUAUUGAGUGUUAAGUUUUCUACUGCAACAUUUUUUCUGUGGUAGACAAAUGAGCAUCACAAGUUACUGUUCCAUCUUACACCCAGUAAGAAAGCAUCUUGCCCUCUUCAGAAGCCUGCAUGUAUUUUCAAAUGCAUCGCAGUAAAGCCAAAAGAUUGGCCUGCCUACUUAAAUGAACUUUAUUCCUACUGUAUCAGUUCUUACCUUUAUUUUGAUACUUCCUGGCAGCUAUGUCAUCUCUUCAUUAUUAAAUACUCAAGAAAAAGCUGAUAAGAUUUCCUCAAAUUUGAAUUUUUGUAGAGCAAUGAGAGAAAGCCUAGGGAUAGCAGGAAUAAAGUUUGAUAAUGUUGAAAAAUAGACAAUAGUGAUAUUUGCUAAGCUAUAUUCAGUAGCACGCUAUUUUAGGGAAGCCAUCAUAUGUACUACUUCCUAGAACUGUAAAGUUCCUCAUUUUGUAUUAUCUAAUUAAAAAUAUAUUCCAGGAAAAGGAAUAAAAAAUAAAGAUACUGUAAAAAUGUCCUUUGGGGACCCCCCUCCCAAAUGGUAACUCUUGGUCUCUGAUAUAUACUCUUCAAUUACCUUUUUGCUAUGCAUUUAUAUACAUUUUUAUCUGUAGAAGGCAUUGCAUUUUGGGUUUUAAGUUUUUACAUGAAUUGUUCUUAACUAUGCAUAUGUUUUGCAACUCGCUUUUUUUUCUAACCAACACACCUAGAAGCUCUUAGGCAGUAUUACAGACUUUCAUUUUAUUUUCUCCAUCAUCUCUUUGGGCGUUUUUACCUUUUUGAAUAACCUAUGACUGUCCAUGAAACCUCCCAAAAGAUAACCUGGUCAAUUUGAUGGUCUUCAUUAGCAUUGUAAAAUUUUCAGGUAAACCAGUGCUUAGUUAGAAUCAGAGUCUCCAUAAGUGUGUGAAUCAGGAAAUUAAAAAGGCAUUUGCUUACAAUUCAUUUGAAAUACAUGACUUUUGGGCUACUGUUGACUGAUUAAUAUAUAAAAUUUGGAAGUUAAGUCUAACAGAGUAGGUUUUUAUUUGUGGGAAGAAGGAGAAAAAAAGGGACAGUAUAGUUGAUAGGGGAAAAAACACAGGUUAAACUAAGACAAGUCUUUAUUCACCUUCAAGCAGUUAACGUCACACAGGGCUUCAUGCUACCAAAAAUUUAAACUUUCGUUUUAUUUGUACCUUUAAUGUAGAGUAAAAAAAUGAAAAGUUCCUUUUCAGAUCUUCCUUUCUCUACCAUCCCACA